AUGGCGGGCCUUGCCACCCGUCCUGGAACCCAUGGCGGGCCUAACCCGCCCAUCCUGGGAUACUUGGAGGACCCUCACUUGCCUGACCUAGGACCUGUGGGGGGCCUACCCCGCCCGUCCCAGGACAAAUGGCGGACCUUGCCUGCCCAUCCCAGGACAAGUGGCAGACCUUCCCCGCCUGUCCCUGGCCCCGGAGACCUGGCAGGCCUUACCCGCCACUCCCAGGCAACCUGUAGGGCCAUGCCUAAACCAUCCGCCCCGGGACACCUGACCUUGCCCACCCAACCUGGGACCCGUGGUGGGCCUAGCCCGCCCACCAUCCCCGGACACGUGGCGGACCUCGCCUGCCCAUCCCAGGACACGUGGCAGACAUUACCCACCCGGCCCUGGACACCUGGCAGACCUUACCCGCCACUCCUGGGACCUGUAACAGGCCUAAACCGCCUGUCCCAGGACACCUGGCAGACCUUGCCCACCCAUCCCGGGACCUGUGGCGGGCCUAGCCCACCCAUCCCGGGACACACGGUGGACCCCUCGCCCACCUGUCCUGGGACAUAUGGCGGGCCUAACCAGCCUGACCCGUGA